AUGCAGUUCUCCACGUCAGUCUCCAACCUCCUCCUCGGCCUCAUGGGCGCCUGGUCCUGCGCCGCUGCUCCGGCGGAACAGGUUCGCCAGGACACGGCGUUGAUCACACCACUGCCGCCAACCUGCACCCAGAAGGCGCUGUCAUGCUACACCCACACCGCUUUCACCACCCCAGAGUGUGGCAAGUGCACGCAGCCAACGGACCUCAUGUGCCCCAUGUACAUCAAGGUCACCACCACCCAGGUCCCCUGCAGCACCAACUGCUGCCCGACGACCCCGACCCACGUCGUGACAAGGAGCUGCCUGCCCUGCCCGACCGGCUGCGUGAUCCCCACCGAGACCGUCACCCAGACCACGGGCUGCCGCUUCACGAUCCUCCCUGUGGCCUCGGCCACGCUCAUUCCGGGGAAAGCAUAA